AUGAACAGUGCGCUGCCCGUCCUCUCCUCCGCUCACCCUGCCGCCGGAGCUGCCAACUCGCGCCGGCUUCCCUCUCCGGCCCUCCACGCGGCCUCGACGGGAUAUGCUGACAACAACCGGGGCCUAGUCAGCCGCAGUGCUGCAAAUGCAAGCAAAGUAUGCGCCUUCCCAGGCGAGGACACGGACACCGCCGCCGUGGAGGUCCAAGGAAGCAGCAGAUGGAAACCAGCUCUGUGCGUGAUUCUUGUGGAGCUGUUCAACACAGGGACUAUACUGCUAGGCAAGGUCGCACUUGAUGGUGGCAUGUUUGUCUUCUCCUUGCUGUGUUAUCGAAGUAUGCUUGCUGCUAUUUUCAUCAUGCCGUUUGCUCUAUUCUUCGAAAGUGGGAAGUGGAGGGAAUUGGAUAUCAAGACUCUUGGGUGGCUCUUCAUCAAUGCUUUUGUCGGAUAUUCGUUGCCCAUGGCUUUGUACUACUAUGGAUUACGGGACACACCUGCCUCCUAUGCUGUGAUCUUCUCAAGUUUGACUCCACUUUUCACCUUUAUCUUGUCCAUAAUACUUGGCAUGGAGAAGUUGCGCCUAAAAUCCAAGGUCGGCAGUGCGAAAGUGAUUGGAGCACUGGUUUGUUUUGGUGGGGCUCUACUAAUAAGUCUUUACAAAGGAAAAGAAUUGCAUCUCUGGUCUCCAAUUAUAAGAGUGACACCAAAAGAUUCUAAUGGAGCUUCUGGAAAGCAUCAUUUGAGGGGCACCUUGAUUUUGUUUGGUGCUUUCAGCAGCUAUGCACUUUGGUACCCUAUACAGGUGAAAGUUUUGAAGGUGUAUCCAUGGAAACAUUGGUCCUCUGUGCUGACCUGCGUUCUGGGUGGUGUGCAAACUUUCGCCGUCGGAAUAAUUAUGAGCAGGCAUAAACUUGCCUGGCAAAUAGGAUGGAACAUUCAACUACUAACCAUUGUCUACUCAGCCGCACUUGGCACAGCAGCCAAGUAUUGGCUGAACCUAUAUGCUGUUGAAAAGCGGGGGCCAGUUUUUCCAGCCAUGUUCAGCACCUUAUCGACGAUCUUCAUCAUUGUUUUAGGAACACUGUUGCUAGGCGAAAGCCUCACUGUUGGGAGCUUGUUGGGUAGUGCUUUAGUUUUAGGAGGUCUAUACAUAUACCUCUAUGGAAAGGCCAAUGAACAACACGCGAUGAAGGCAUCGGUUACAGGGAUGCAAAAAGAGGAGGACAAAGAGAUUCAGCAGUCCGGUGUGGCCGCGACGACUGAGGAGAGGCCACACCCUGUGCUGUUAGAGAGCUCCGUUAUCCAGCUGGAUGAGGAGCUGGACGCAGGGGUCUCCAAGUGA